AUGCGUGUCCUUUCGGUGGCUGCCUUCGGGCUCGUGUGCGUCCUGGCGCUGGUCGGUGCGAUCGGUACCGAGAUCGAGGAUGAGACGCAACGCAACACACCGACGUCCGCCAACAUGAAAAGUUACGUCGACGUGAUUAUGAUCCAGGUGGGACCGUGGAUGAACCAGAAUCUCGUUCCCAUGGCGCUGCCCGAUAUCGUGGAAGGAUUCGAGCACCGCCCCAUUCUGAUCACCUACCACGGCGAGCUGGCCCUCACGAACGGCGUCUUCCAUACGAUCCACAGCGUGGGCCGCGACGGAAACGCCAUGAUGCACUACGAUCGCCAACUGCUGCGCGUGACCGUCGGUGGCAACAUUCGUCAACUGGGCUUCACCUACGCCUACUCGGCACACAUCAUGGACCUGGGUCCGAACGGAUUCGUUGACGUCGACGUCGCUACGAUGACGUUCGCCAGCGAGUUCAUCAUCGAUCUGACGGAUUUCCACAUCUGGAUGCAGGACUUCCGGCUCACCAACAUGGGCAAUCUAAACAUCCGCUUCCGUGGCAACAUUCUCGUCGACUGGCUGAUGAACAUUUUCGUCAGCGUCAUCACGACCAUCUUCCGGAACACGAUCACCAACGUCGUCUCGAGCGGAGUGCACGACUUCCUGCAGGCCACCAUCGACGCCAUGAACGCUCGCCUGCAGGGAGGCGGCCGGGCCGUCAGCGAACAGGACGUGGUCGUGUUGGUGGAAAAUCUGAAAAAACUGCUCAUCAACUAG